GCGAUAGCCGUCACAGUUCUCGUUGUUGUUGUUGUGCGCCGUGCAAAAUAAAAACAACAUUUCCGACACUUUUUCUUGGUCAUUUUUGCACUACUUUAUCAAUUUAUAACACAAUUUUCUUUGUUAAUAGCCUAAGGUUAAACAAUGUGAGUGUCCCCACCGACAAUUUGAGUGAAUAAUUAAUUGCUAGUUGUCCAGUACAAAGACUUGAAGAGAACACCUUUGCAAUUGUCUGGUUUUUCUGGACUUGAGGCUUUUUCUGGGUAUCUUUUUUGAUUCUCCCACCUUAAUACUGUGAAUCCAAGUAAAUCACCUGAUCUUUGCCCUCCGUUUGUACUGAUAAAGAUAAUUUCUGUGAGAUAUCGUGAGAUUUGACAAGUGGCGGGGAAUUUUUGUUGAAAUUUUUCGGGAUUGUGGCAGCUGAAGAUGGAUCUUGUGAGGGAUACUGGAAGAACAGUGGCUAGGCAUGUGAAUAGUGUGUUUCAGAACAGGGAACCAUGGCAGAUUGUCAUGAUAACAACGACCACGGUGUUGGGCGGGGUCUGGCUGCUGGACUUCUUUGGCCAGGAAGAAGGUGUGGUGAGCCGGUCAAAGAAGCACUUCUUCAGGAUGGCCAGGAAAAUCCCAUUUGUCCAGGCCAAAAUCACCGAGGAACUGGAGAAGCGUGCCAAAGAAUUCGAGGAGAGUGCAAUAAAGCAAUCUGCUGGACUGUCAUACAUCACCAACCUGCCAGAACUUGGCUACAGUGACGAGAAAAUCCUGGAAUUGGUGGAUUCCCAUCUGCAAUUGGGCAAUUACAAGUGGAAGGAGGGAAGGGUAUCCGGAGCUGUCUAUUACUAUGAUCCGGAUCUCGUGGCUCUGACCCAGACAGUUUACGGACGGGCAAGCUAUACGAAUCCUCUGCAUGCGGAUAUCUUUCCGGGAGUGUGCAAGAUGGAAGCAGAAGUUGUCCGGAUGACAGCUAAUCUGUUCCAUGGGGGCCCAGAGGCUUGUGGGACGAUGACAACGGGGGGAACGGAGUCUCUGAUAAUGGCAUGCAAAGCCUACAGGGACUACGCGAGGGAAGUGAAGGGGAUAACCAAGCCAAAUAUCGUGAUGCCCGUGACAGCUCAUUCGGGAUUCGAUAAAGCGGCUCAGUAUCUCAAUUUGCACGUGAAAACGGUGGACCUGGACAAAGCCACCAUGUCAGUGAACAUCCGGAAGAUGGAAGCUGCAAUCACGAAGAAUACCAUCAUGCUCGUGGGAUCAGCUCCAAAUUAUCCUUACGGAACCCUGGAUAAUAUUGAGGCUAUUGCGAAACUGGGCAGGAAGUACAAUAUUCCUGUUCAUGUGGAUGCCUGUCUUGGGGGCUUUGUGAUAAUUUUCAUGAAGCGAGCUGGGUAUCCGCUUCCGCCGUUUGAUUUCCGCGUUCCGGGAGUCACUAGCAUCUCCGCUGAUACUCAUAAAUACGGCUUUGCCCCCAAGGGAUCAUCAGUAAUCCUGUAUUCGGACAAGAAAUACCGCAGGCAUCAGUUCACAGUGACCACGGACUGGCCAGGAGGUGUCUAUGGCUCUCCCAGUGUCAAUGGUUCCCGGGCAGGCGGAGUAAUUGCUGCCACUUGGGCUACACUGAUCAGAUUUGGCCUCGAUGGCUACACAGAGGCAACCAAAAGAAUUGUGGAUACUGCAAAGUACAUAGAACGUGGAUUGCGAACCAUGGAGGGCAUCUAUGUCUACGGACAGCCAGCAACUUCGGUAAUUGCCUUCGGUUCCAGCACCUUCGACAUCUAUCGCCUUUCAUCCGCUCUCAGUGCCUUAGGCUGGAACCUCAACAAUCUCCAAUUCCCCCCAGGAGUCCACAUUUGCGUCACCUUCAUGCACACACGCGAAGGCGUGGCUGAUAAGUUCCUCCAGGACGUCCGGGAACAAUUGAAAGAGAUACUCAAAGAUCCCGGCCGGCCCGUUGAAGGCGCAAUGGCCAUCUACGGCGUAGCUCAGAGUCUACCUGACCGAAGCCUAGUUGGAGACUUUACACGAGUCUUCCUCGAUGCCAUGUACUACACGCCUCCUCCGGAAACAUCCAAAAAUGGACAAUUGAAGGAACAUUGAAAGUGAGCAUUCCUGGCCAUAAAUGCAGCAUUUCAUUCUUUUUUUAAACAAAAGUGAGAUUUUCCUGUACGACACAUUGACCUUGGAGAUGUUUUACUGGAAAUUACUGUGAAUAAAUUAAUAAAAUCUAGUCUUGAAUGGCAAAA